GCAAUGUAAAUUUUUAAUGAAGCGCAUUUCAAAUCGUAAUUAUGUGAAUCUUUUGCGUUCGACCCAACCAGACCGGCUUGCGAUAACCGCGAUCAUGGCCAUUUGAUAUUCCACUAUCUAGUUCAGAAGUUGGUUAUCCACUUUGUUUAUUUAACGGAACUGAUCAGGCAUGGAUAUGAGCAAAGUAUUUCGAUCCAGCUUAGGCAUUAAAUACCCUAGUCUCAGGGACCAUCCUCUGCACUCGGCUGAAAAGUGGCUGGAAGGAAAAAGUAUCGACGACGGAGCAGAGGGUUACUGGAGAAUCCAUGACCAUCUCUAUGACUUAUCCGGCUUUAUAGAGAGCCAUCCGGGAGGAAAGGACUGGAUUCAGCUGACCAAAGGCACAGAUAUAACCGAAGCUUUUGAGUCCCACCAUCUUUCAACCAACGCUGAAAUGCUUUUGCCCAGCUUCCUUCUGAGGAAGGCGUCGAGUCCAAGGAGCUUUCCAUUCACCUUCCAUGAAAACGGCUUUUACAAAACCCUCAAAAGGCGCAUCAUAAAGCAAAUGGAAAAUCUUCCAGAAAACCCCGCGGAUAGAAGCAAAUCGUUAAUUGAUAGAAUAUUUUCUGGCUAUUUAACUUCGUUUUUACUCGCAGUAUAUUUUGAAAGUUUCGCAAUUGGAGCGGUUUCUGGAAUAUUCCUAGGCCUGCUCACUGUGGCUGCCCACAAUUUUUUCCAUCAAAAAGACAACUUUAGAAGGUUUUAUUUCGACUUUUCCAUGAUGAGUUCGAGGGAGUGGCGAGUAAGUCACGUUUUGAGCCAUCACAUGUACACAAACACCAUUUGCGACAUGGAAAUAUCCUCAGUGGAACCGUUUUUGCAGUAUUUGCCUGGUGAAAAGAAUCUUUUGGUGCGCCAUGGUUCAUGGGUUUAUUCUUUCGGAUUUUAUGCGUUUUUGUUUUUAGGCCAUUACCUCAAGACCUUAGCAGUAAACUUUUUGAAAGGAAAUUCUCAAUUCAUCUGGACUGCAUUGCUUCCGUUCACCAUUCCUUUUCUAUCGUGGAUGAUCACUGGAAAAUCCAUAUUAAUUUGCCUACUGAUGUACAUUUGGAUCAUUGUGAUAGCCAGCAUUCAUUUUGGUAUAGUUGGCCUGAAUGCUGCCCAUCACCAUCCAGAUAUAUUCCAUGAUGGGGAUACAGCAAGGCCAAAAGAGCAAAUGGACUGGGGAUUGUUUCAAGUGGACACUGUGGCCGAUCGGAGAGAUAUCACUGGAUCGCAUUUUCUGGUGCUGACAAAUUUUGGAGAUCACGCUCUACAUCAUCUCUUCCCUACUGUUGAUCAUGGACAUUUAGAGCAGUUUUAUCCAAUUUUUUUGGAAACUUGCGUCGAGUUUGGAGUGAGAUGGAAAUUUCUCACUCAACUGGAUCUAGUCAAAGGGCAGUAUGGACAGUUGGCUAGAAUAUUGCCCAACAAAAAUCCCCCAAACUGAUAUCAACAGAUCGACUCAUUUUAAGCUGUGCUAUUAUGAGUGAUUUAUGGAUUCUUGGAAAUCCUCUAGUUGUUAAAAGGGUUGUAGACAAUUUGCUGUUGUAUAAAAAACAAAGUACAUAUAUAAAACUCUAAUUUCUUGCGUAGAAGCUAAAGUUUUAAAUAAUUAAAGUUUUAUUUGAUUGUAAUACAUAAAUUACUAUUUUAAUUUUGAAAUGUCUUCACAGGGUCUGAAAUGUCUUAUGUAUAAUAAAAACAUACGUAUAAUAAAA